CUCAACGUGCUGCAGUCAGUGUCCGGAGCUGCUCGGAGAUGACGGCUGUGAUGUACCGGCUGCUGCGCGGCUCCUCCCGGAGAGCGGCCUCGGCGGCUGCCUACAGCACUGCUCGGGAUGGACCUCCAGGCCCUGCUCCCCCAGUCCAGCCCGCCCCGUCCUCGGGGUCUCCUGCCCCGGCUCAGCCUCAUCUGCACCCGCCCAACGCCCCCACCCUUGGCCGCCGGUUCUCGUCCACCGCCCCCAAGGUUGACAACAAGACCUUCUUGUGGUCCCGGUACGGGGAGAUGAAGAAGCUGGUGCAAGACCUUUUGCCUCCUGGGGUGUGUAACCUCCUGAACUCCUCCACCAUGUACGCUAACAAUGAAGUAUGUCUGGGAGACAUUGAAAUUUAUGGCUUUGAUUAUGACUAUACUUUGGCACUCUACUCGAACGCUCUGCACUCCAUGAUCUUCAACACUGCCAGGGAAAUUCUUGUGGAACAGUACAAGUACCCAGCGGGAAUCUUGAAGUACGAGUAUCUACCCAACUUUGCUGUAAGGGGCCUUCACUACGACAUCAAUAAGGGACUGCUUAUGAAGAUAGAUGCCUACCACUACAUUGAGUUGGGCACAGUGUACAGGGGCCUCAAGCCGGUCCCAGAUGAGGAGGUGAUGGAGCUGUACCAGGGAACACACCACAUCCCUCUUCCCCAGGUCAGCGGGUUCUACGGCAAGGGUCCUGCUGUUAAACAGUACAUGGACAUAUUCUCUCUGCCAGAGAUGAACCUCUUGGCCGUGGCCAAUGACUUUUUCAUCAGCAAUGACAUUGAUUAUGAUCCGGUCCAUCUCUACAAGGACGUCACAGAUGCCAUCCGCGAUGUCCAUGUUAAGGGACUUAUGUACAAGUGGAUCAUGCAGGAUCUCGAAAAAUACAUCCUUCGUGGGGACGAGACGUACGCGGUCCUGCACAGAUUGGCCAGUCAAGGCCGAAAGCUUUUCCUAAUCACGAACAGUCCUUUCAGUUUUGUAGACAAGGGGAUGAAGUACAUGGUGGGCAAGGACUGGAGGGACUUCUUUGAUGUUGUGAUUGUGCAAGCAGACAAACCCCAUUUCUUCAACGACUGCAUCAAGCCCUUCCGACGAGUGGACGGGAAUGGAGACCUGAAGUGGGACCGGAUUACCAAACUGGAGAAGGGGGAAGUCUACAAACAGGGUAACCUAUUUGACUUCCUUCGACUGACGGGAUGGCGAGGUUCCAAGGUGCUGUACUUUGGUGAUCACCUCUACAGUGACCUGGCAGACCUGAUGCUACGUCAUGGAUGGAGGACAGGGGCUAUCGUGCCCGAGUUAGAGACUGAAACCAAAAUUGUCAAUACAGAGCAGUACUCCCAGUCCUUGACUUGGAUGCAGGCGCUUACUGGGCUGCUGGAGCGUAUGCAGAAUUUCCGGGACCCGGAGUCUCAGCAGAUUCUACAAGACUGGAUGAAGGAGAGACAGGAGCUCAGAGCCAUGACCAAGAACCUGUUCAACCCCCAGUUCGGUAGCAUCUUCCGCACGUGCCACAACCCCACGUACUUCUCCAGGCGACUCUGCCGCUUCUCCGACCUGUACAUGGCCUCCAUCAGCUGCCUCCUCAACUACGACCUGAACUACACCUUCUUUCCCCGCCGCACCCCACUGCAGCACGAGGCGCCUCUGUGGAUGGACCAGCUCUGCACCGGCUGCAUGAAGACUCCCUUCCUGGAAGAAAUGGCCCACAUCCGCUAGACUUGACUUUUUCUAUUUUUAUUAUUUUCCUUACAAUUCCAGUGCAGUUUGCACAGAGGCUAAGGCCAAGCUUCUUCCUGAAAAAGUGGAAUUUUUUUUUUGUUUUAUGAAUAGGCUGGGUAACAGGGUGUACUAAGAUUUUCUAAAGAUCUGUUCCUCCUUAAUCUGACUCCGUAUUAUCAGAUUCUGUUUUUGAUAAAUGGUUCGGUAAACCAAUUAUUAUUUUUUUAUCUUUUUUUUUACAAAUUUAAUUCCCACAUUUUGAAAUGUGUUGCAUUUUGCCCCUCCUCCAGGGGUUGAAGAGAAUCUGGAUUAUGAGCAGCUUUCCCUCGAGAUUUGCGCUCGUGUUCUUAUGGAGGUGUGACAUUUUUAGGAAUGUGCCAUCUGUCAUCCGGCCUCUGCUUUUACUUUUGCCACCUCUGUGGGCCUCUCCAUCCGUUCCUGUGGCUGCCAAAUGCUGAUCAAGGCAAACUACAGAGACCCGCGGCCAUGACAUUGGAGAGGGGACAGUACAGACGGAAAGGGUGUCCUGUGUACAUCAAGGGGAUCAAAAGACUUGUACUCAUGACCGGUUAUGGAACAAUUUUUAGAGAUGUAAAACGCACAAUUAUUUUUUUUUUAAUCGUUAAACGGGUCGUCUCAUCUCGCUAGGAUAGGCCUUCAAAGUCAGAUCUCUGAGACCUAGGUGGGACCCGCUCCUAUCCUAGCGAUAUGCCAUUACUUGUGAGAUGAGACAAUCUCUUUAAGCAUAGGUCAUUACUCGUCCAUAUACUGAUUAUAUCAGGAAUAUGGGUGACCACCUGUAGGUUCAUCUUCCUAGUAGCCACGAGCUUUCACCCAGGGGGUCUGAGACUCAUGUAUGGUCCAGAUCGGCGCCAUAUUCAUGUCUUUCUGCAUAACUUUGCCGUUCAGGACUCUGGGAAAGUUGGGUAUAAAUGACUGGUGGAGCUGCAAUGGCAGAAAUGAAAGGCAUUGUGUGAGACUUUUAAAAAUGCUCUAAUUCUGCACGGUUCUUGUCCGUCUGGUCUUGCAGUUCAGCUUUUGAGCUGCAAUACCAGACCCAACCUAUGGACAAGAGUGGCGCGGUUUCUGAAAAAAAAAAAAAAUCUGACCCUUGUUGCUAAUGGUGUACAGCGUCUAUAAUUUGUCACUCAGCUUGUUCAGACAUAAGGCUGAAUCCAUAUUUUAUUUUUUUGGCUACAGGGGAUGUAUUUACAGGUUUUUAUUUUUUUUUUUGAGCAGUUGUCUUUAGAUAAUGCAAGAGCUGGAAAUGGCUGUAGCUUCAUUAAAGGAAGUAAUGAAUGUGACACAAGUCAGAUGAAUUCAGAACAUGGUGUGAGAUGGUGACCACGUUUAAGGGCUCCUCUACACUAGCUUUUUCAGCAUUUUUUAAUUUUUUGAAAAAUGCCUUGAAUUACAAGCAUUUUUAAUAGCUUUUUAUAUAUUGCGCUAUACCCAGAGGAUGCGCGGCUUUUGUAAAGAAUGUCAUAAACCUUCCCAAAAACGCUGUUUAGGUUGACUUCAAUAAUUUUGCUAUAGACUUUCAAGUAACCUACAAAAAAGGCGUUGAAAAUGUUGCAAAAAAUGCUGUGUGAGAACCCGGCCUAAAGGGUCAUCCAGGAUUAGACGAGAAUGUCUUAGAAACAGCGCCACUCUUAUCUGUGGGAUGUGUCUGGUAUUGCAGGUCAUCCUCCUGGUCCUAUACCAGACGCAGCCCAUGGACGAGAACGGCUCUGUCUCUGGGGAAUAGCAGUUAAAGGAAUUGUCCUGUUUCGGGAUGAAACCAGAUUAAGCUGCAAUGGAGAACGGGUAAGUACUUACCUGCUAGAUCCUAUGCCGCCUAUUCUGUUCUUUUGGCUGGGCUUUACUUACAUGGCUGCAGCGGUGUCGUCAUGUCAACAACAAUUGGCCUCUGCAACUAGUCACUAGCCUCAACCCUGCACCCAGGUGAUUGACACAGCUUGACUACUGCAACCAAUGUGACGUCACUGCCGUGGCCAGAUAAAUAGCACUCAACUGGAGCGCCUGCGCAGGAUCUAGCAGGUAACUACUUACCCGUUCUUUGUUGCAGCUUGAUCCAGUGUCAUCCUAAAAACCUGACAACCCCUUUAACUAUUUUCUAAUACCUGACAACCAAUUUAAAGCGAACCUCCAGUUCAAACCUAAAAUUUGACUGGUGCAGUAGUAAUCUGAGACCUGCGCCCCUGCCCCUUCCUCAGCUACCCUCGUGUGGACUAGCGUCCAUGAUGUAGCACUGUAUCCAUCCGAGGACAGUAGUGGGGAGGGCGAUUCUUAGACCUUUUGACAGCGCCCUCAAAUUUUAGGUUUGGACUGGAGGAUCACUUUAAGGUCCAUUUACGUGCAGUUUAGCAAGGACAGGUGCGGUUUAGGAGUCGCCAUCCUGGCAAGUAAGUGAUCAAUCAGAUGAUGGGAAUUGACACCUGAUAAGGUUAAGGAAUUUGAGGACCUGCCAAUUUUUUAUUUUUUUUCGGUCUUAAAUUUUUCUUUUCUGGGAUCUGUCUCCCAUGAAUGUUUACUUCUAUGUACAUGAGAUUAAGAGUUCAUCCAUUUGGAAGUAUUUGUGCGGCAGCUGUCACGAGGCUUGGGGGUUUUACAGAUGUGAUUGAGCUGUGCAGCAGGAAGCGUCAAAUAAACUUUCAAUAAACUGUGA